ACGGGUCUUUGGCUUUGGGCUAUCCGAAUAUAUGGCCCAUUUAUAAAUUUGAAGUAGAGGGUAAAUUUGCCGAUAAAAGUUGAGAAAGGGGGAGGUGAAGAAAAAUGCAGGGUCAAAAUGGAAGCUCUAAUAGCCUCGUACGGUGACACAUCGUCCGAUUCUGAUUCAGAACUCAGUAGCUCAACGACAAUUACAAGCACCGGUGCCACAAAUUCAAAUGUUCAGCCGGAGACGACUAGUUUGCCUUUGCCGCCUCCGCCUCUCUCUCUCCUCACUCCUCCCAAUUCAUUGGGUACGGUCGAUUAUCUCACUAGUAGUCAGCCUCAGCCGAGCAGACUCCGGAGCUUUCCCCAUGUUGAAGGCAACUAUGCCUUACACGUCUAUAUCCCAGUUACUGUACCAUCUGCAUCAAAGAAGGAGCUGGCCCAGCUUUUGAAGAAGGUUUCAUCUAUUGUACCAGGUCUUCAUGCUGUUGACAUUGACAUUCCAUUAAGUAGCCUGUGUGAAGAUGAUUCUAAGUUUCAGCUAGUUACAUUGGGAAGGCAAUUUCACAUAAGUUUAGGAAGAACUGUCCCAAUACGUGUCCACCAAAUUGACUCCAUUGUAGCGAUGCUUCGCCAGAAGCUUCAGUGUCAGCGGCGGUUUUGGAUUGAUUUUAGUCAGUGGGAGGUUUUCAUAAAUGAUGAUUGCACACGAUCAUUUCUCUCAAUAGAAGUUCUUACAGGAGGAUUACUUGAGAUCACUAAGCAGAUUCAAGUGGUUAACGAGGUUUACAGGCUUCAUAAUCUUCCCGAGUUUUACAAGAGCCCACGCCCUCAUAUAUCCUUAGCUUGGGCAUUGGGAGAUAUUAGCAAUUCUUUAAAGAGAGUGAUCGAAGAAGAGACAAAGAAAUUAAGUGUCGAGGGUUCAUUACAGAAACGUAUUUUUUCAAGUAAAUUCAGUGGUACUGAGUGUAAGAUUGGUAGUAAAAUAUAUAAAAUAUGUAAAUUUUCAGAAAAUUAACAAAACUGGAGCAGUAUGUUAUUCAUCAAAGGGAUUCGAGUUUCUUUGUUUUCUUGCA